GGCGAACAUCCAGUUAGAAAACAAGAACAUUUCUAUAUCAUCGUUCGGCCAGUACUUAGAAGGGUAGUUAGAUGACCUGUAACUCCACACACCGUAUAUCUUAACAACCACAUCGACGAAACUCGUGUCCCCUGUGUGCCUUUUUCUUUCCACAAUUUAGCCCCAACAACACGUUCACACAAACAAACAGUUAUAACCUUAUACGAUGGCGUUGGGUGUUCCUGCUGUUCCGUUCACGUACGUUGUUCACGUUCUCGGUGUUGUCGCCGCCGUAUUGGUGUUGGUCUGGAACUUCCAUUUCAGAGGUGGUUUGGCUUGGAGUUCUCCCAAUAAGGCUCUCAUCUUCAAUCUUCAUCCUGUUCUUAUGCUUAUUGGCUUAAUAAUAUUUGGAGGUGAAGCGAUUAUAAGUUACAAAUCUCUUCCGUUGAAGAAGGAAGUGAAGAAACUGAUACACCUUGUUCUCCACGCGAUUGCAUUAAUUCUUGGAAUAAUUGGAAUUUGUGCUGCGUUCAAGAAUCACAAUGAAAGUGGGAUUGCUAAUCUGUACAGCUUGCAUUCAUGGCUUGGAAUCGGGGUUAUAUCCUUUUAUGGCAUUCAGUGGAUAUUUGGGUUUGUUGUAUUUUUCUACCCUGGUGGAAGUUCAGAGAUAAGACGUGAGUCACUUCCAUGGCAUGUAUUAUUCGGGCUGUUUGUGUAUAUUUUAGCUCUUGCCACUGCUUCUCUUGGGUUUCUGGAAAAGCUCACAUUUUUGGAGAGUUCAGGACUUCCAAAAUAUGGUUCUGAAGCUUUACUUGUCAACUUCACUGCAAUAAUCACAAUCUUAUUUGGUACUUUUGUUGUAUUAUCGGCCAUAUCUCAAGCUCCACCAGCUGCCGAUGACUACGCACCCAUAUCAGUUGAUUAAAGUAAUGUUAUGUUUGUUGUUGUUGGUUUGUACUUGGGACUAAGGGAAAAUGAUAUUUUGUUUAUAUGGUUGGACUCAGUUUGUAUUUUAUCUUUAAUAGUAUCCACAAAACUUGACAUUAUAAGUUGGUUUGGAUCAUUGUGAUUUACAAAUGAAUAAGUGAAAUGUCGCGAGUUCGAAUUCA